AUGUCCGAAGCAGGUCUCCAGAUCCGCUGCAUCGGCUGCCACCAGCGAUGUGCCUGCUAUUUUGAACACUGUCACAUAUUCGCCUGCCACACUCCCAACUGCGAGUUCCGGACCGCACCCCCCAACGUCAACGACCGCGUGCUUCCCGACGGGACCGUCAUGUUCGAGGACAACGACUGCGCGCGGGCCUAUUUUGUGCCUCCCGAUCUCCUUGCUGGCGGGGCCGUCCUCUGCAUCCUCGACACGCGCAGGGAUAUGUGCAUCGACGUGGCCAUCCAGAGGCCCAGCGGCGUGAUGGAGGUUGUGCUUCUCGAGCCGUUGACACUCCGUCCGCCGAGGACGGGACCGUCGUUUGACGGAUGGAAUUGGCGAAGGGCCUUUGUGCCAGUGCACAGAGAGCUUUAUACGCAUGAGCGGCUGCAGGCCAUGCGUGAAGAACUCAGGAGACUGAGAGAGGCGUCAUAUCGUUUCGCUCAUGAAACGAGCCUGAUUCUUGCGAGCAUUUAA